CAGGGACUAGUUGUCUCCCCCGCAGCCAAAUAUUUGAAGAAUGUAUCACCGCCUAAUAACACUCCAUCUCGUCACAGCUCUCUAGGCUACGCCCGCUGUAGACCCACUCUGUAUAUCUGUAAGACCAGGUAGGUAGAGUAGCGACUUGUUGAAGAUUGGCAGUUAGGAGGAACUUGGAGCAAAGGGAGGAAGUGCGCGGCAAGAACCAUAUGCUGAGGCAAGGAAGGAGCAACAGGGAGGAAAACACCAGUUGCUGUCAACAUGGCGAACACCAGCGUGGCCACAACAAUGGCUCCGAAUGCGACCCUUGACAAUCCGAAUUCAACAGCAUAUACUCUCUACAAUUACAAGUGUUCAAACAAAGGCAUACUCUUACCCGUUAUUAACGAAUUUACUUGGUCCGAGAGUACCAGAGCCGCCCUGUACUUUAUAGCCAUGCUGUGGUGUUUCCUUGGAGUCUCCAUCAUUGCAGACAUUUUCAUGUGCGCAAUCGAACGUAUAACCAGCAAGACGACUAAGGUGAGAAUCCCAGAUGAAGGCACGCCAGAAGGUUACCGAGAGCUCAAUGUCAAAGUCUGGAAUGACACCGUAGCCAACCUGAGUUUACUUGCGCUUGGUACGAGUGCUCCAGAGAUCCUUCUCUCCGUCAUAGAAGUCGUUGGCAACAAUUUCCACGCUGGACAACUCGGUCCAAGCACCAUUGUGGGAUCAGCGUCUUUUAACUUGCUUGUCAUCUCAGCCAUUUGCAUCUCAUGUAUUCCGGAGGGGGAAGUCCGCAAAAUGAAAGAUUUGAAAGUGUUCGCAGUAACCAGCUUCUCGUGCGUAUUCGCGUACGUGUGGCUGGCCAUAGUUCUGAUCGUCAUAUCCCCCAACAUUGUGGAGCUGUGGGAGGCCAUUAUCACCCUCCUCUUCUUCCCCUCCCUUAUCUUCAUCGCCUAUCUGGCUGACCGAAACUGCUGCAGGAAGCAGGAAGACCUUGACUCUUCAGGAAUGGUCGGCAUCUCACUGGAGGAUCGGAAGAACCCGGAGGAGGCCAUGGCCCUGGAUAGUCGUGGCUCGGGAGAUGCGUCGCUCAUGAACCUGGCAAAGGAGCUAGGACACGAGGCUCGUGAAGAUGGCAUACCGGAAGAUCAAGCUGCUAAAUUAGCCGCUGCAAAAAUCGCCGAGAAUCAGUCACAUGAUCGUCUAUGGUACCGAAUCAAUGCCACACGUGGGAUUUCGGGCGGCAAACGUUUGGUGCCACAUGUCCUGACGUCAUUCCAAGGGAUCUACAAUAACAUUCGCCUACCGGAGGAGGAACGAAAGAGUCUAAAUAAAAUCGACCAUUCUGAGGGUGGAUCGAAGGCAGUUGUGGAGUUUACCUCGGCCACAGUGUCGGUGUUGGAGAGUGAGAAAAGAGUUCGUGUGGGCAUCAGGCGAUACGGCAACACAGACAAGCCAUUAUCUGUCAGGGUUGAGACCAUCAAUGGCACUGCUGUGACCCCAGAAGACUACAUUCCUUUCAAUGAUGAGGUGAAGUUCGCCGCCAAGGACACGUUGGAGCAGAUCUUCAUAGAAAUAGUGGACGAUAACGAGUGGGAGCCGGACGAGUUCUUCUUUGUCAAGCUUAUCCGUUUUGGGGAGGACGUCCAGGACGCCACUCUGGGAAACAUUUCCAUUUGUCAAGUGACCAUCAUCAAUGAUGACGAGCCUGGCAAACUGGAGUUUGCAAAGCCAACCAUCAUCGCUACAGACUGUAACAGGCGCGUGCGUAUCCCGGUCCAAAGAGUGAACGGUGCUGAUGGUCACGUGUCGGUUAAGUGGCAGACCAAGGACAUUACGGCUAUCAGUGGCAAGGAUUUCCAGGGAGGUAGUGGAGAGCUCCUGUUCGACCAUGGGGAGACAAAUCGUACCAUCGACGUACCGAUUCUGGACAGUAUGAAACCGGAACGUGACGAGAGUUUCCAGGUGGAACUAACAGUGUGUGAUGGUGGUGCUGUUUUGGGGAAGAUUUCAAAAUGUAUUAUUACAAUAGUCAGUGAUGAAGAAUUUAACGGAUUGGUCAGUAGGAUCUUCAAUUUGACCAAGGCAAACCUGGAUUACCUACAGCUGGAGGAGUCGACGUGGGUCGGUCAGUUCAGGCAAGCUAUGAACGUCAAUGGCGGCGAAAUUGAAGAGGCCAGUUUCGUGGACUACAUUCUUCACUUCCUAACCUUCUUCUGGAAAGUCCUGUUUGCCCUCGUACCUCCACCAAAGUACUUAAACGGAUGGCCGGCCUUCCUCAUAUCCCUGGCGGUCAUUGGGUUCAUGACAGCCAUCAUCGGCGACUUGGCCGGAAUCUUCGGCUGUUUGAUCGACCUACCGGACAGUAUCACCGCAAUCACAUUCGUCGCUCUAGGAACCAGUGUGCCGGACACAUUCGCUAGUAAGCACGCCGCAACCAAUGAGAAGACAGCAGACAGCUCCGUGGGUAAUAUCAAUGGUAGUAACUCUGUCAACGUGUUCCUGGGAAUAGGACUGCCCUGGACCAUCGCUUCCAUCUACUGGCUGGUCAAAACUGGAGAAGAUUUCCAGGUCCCCGCAGGAUCGCUGGCGUUCACCGUCAUCAUCUAUACAAUAGCUGCCAUUCUAGCUAUCCUCUUCCUCAUAAUAAGGCGCAACCUGUCUAUUUUUGGCAAUGCCGAGCUUGGUGGGCCCACCAUACCAAAGUACGUCAGCAGCUUCUUCUUCGUUACCCUCUGGGUUCUCUAUAUCCUCCUCUCUUCGUUGCAAGCCACAGGGAAAAUCUCAUUCAACUUGUGAUUGACCGGAAGUGAUUAACUUGACCAUGAAAUGAUUCCCAGCAGUGCUAGUAACACCAGGAAAGUUGCAUAAGUGAAACCAGCCUUACAGCCCUCAUGCCAAUAACGACAGCCUUAAGAAUACUCCGAAUAAUAUUUUAUAUAUAAUGUCUAUCAAUGACUUUACAGACAGGUUUGACUCUAGGCCAGUUUGGAAGGUGUUGUCCAAAGGUCACGAAAGAUUUUUAGUAUGCAUGGUUGUUCAAUGCAGGGGCGGGUCAACAAACUUCCAAAGGAAGGUGGUGGCAUUUUUCAUUUUUCCUAAUGUUUCUUAUGAUUAAGUAUGGAUGGACACAUGUAAUAGGGUCACGGCUUAUGAUUAAAUAGACAGUUGGCUAUGCCGUUAGAGUUCGCUUUUUUGUUGCUUUUAGGGGUUUUGUUAUAUUUCAAAGGGGCAGAGGGUCCAGAUCCCAGGCCCCAAAGACCUGUCUCUGUAUUAGUUGUUUGAUAACAACGAGACUUAGUGAAGAAAUGUAUUUUUAGAAUACUGUUUUUUUGCCAUCUUUGACAUCUCUGUGAUUUGCCUGUAAACACUGGGCACAGCUGUAAGAUCCUGCGUUGUCGGUAUUGUCAGCAUACACUGUUGAUAUCUAAAGGACUUUUUUUGUUGGUUAUGGUAAAGUUUAUUAAAGUGAAUAGGUACUUAGUGACCGAGUGGCCUGGACUGCCAUUGUCAGGCUGAGUGUGCAGUGGUACGCCUUAUAUGUUUGGGAGUCUGAUACGGUGGGAGUGACUAGUGUGCGUGUGUUUUUUUAUGCAGGUGUGUGAGAGAGAUGAGGGCUAUUUUGUGUGAUUUAUUAUGUAUGUGUGUAAGAAGUGAGGGCUGUUUUGUGGUGAAGACGUUGUAAGAGUUAGGCGAGUAUGACUGUAGUAUAUUGGUAGGGUAUUACAUGUCCACGUGGACUUAUACAUCUGCUGACUAUAAUGGAUGCUCUAUGUAAAGGCCUUAAGUUAGGAUUUUAUA